AUGAUUCCCCAAAGCCACGAGGGUAAGUCCCAAAAGGAAGAGGAGAGGAAGAGCCAUUUGAAUGAUCAAGUGGUGCGUGAACAAUCUAACGGUAUAAAUGUAUGCUCCUUUCCUCAGGAUGUAAAAAAAGUAGGCUGGGAUAGCAGCUGCAAAGAAUCGGAAGGAAAUUCCCUUCGCUGUAUCAGUGGAAAUGAUGGCAAUAAUGGUUGUGCAAUCGGUAGAGCAUCCCCUCGUGAUGAGUCAGGGUGUACCAAUAUAGUGGCGAAGGAAAAGAAGAGACCUUUCCUUCACGAGGUAUGCAAGAAUUAUGUAAUGUUGACCUUCCACAGACGAUGUUACAUCGUGCUAAGUGUGAUAAUAGGAUUUUUAAUUGUCACUCUAAUGAGCAUCUCCUUUUACAUGAACAUAUUUAGCGAGGUGGAAAAUAGGCCACAAAACCUGGGAGCUAUUUUCAGAAAGAUAAAUGAAGAGAAAUUCACAAAAAUGAAUGUAGCCAAAGCGAGCGAUGUAGUGAUUCACACAAGUGACAGUAUAGGGAACGAAGUUGAACAUUUUUUUAAUUUUUAUAAAAAGGAAAAAACUGCAACGUUAUUGUUUUAUCUUGACAAGGAGCAGGACAAAACCAUUCUGCAAUACGAUACGUUGAAAGACAUCUUCUUCUUGGUACAAUUCUUCAAACAAAUGAACACAGGAAAUAAGAAAAAUUGGAGUGAAAUGUGUAAAAGUUUUGAUGUUCCUAUGAUGGAAUCUAAAUGUUUCGUACUAGGUUUAUUCACCAUUUCGGAACUUCAAGAUAUAGAUUAUGACACGACACCUAAUUGGAAAGAAUAUUUUGAUGAUCUCCUAGAAAAGGAUGAAAGAUCAUUGAGCAGAUUUUUCUACAAUGCACUUAUUUUUUUGCCACAUUUUUUAUAUCAGCCACAUAAGUUCGAUAUUCAGAGAACAAAGAUAAAGGAUAUAAUAUCUGACAUGUCUAAAAAUGUGGAGGCCCUUUUAUUUGUCUUCAAUUUUGAUGAAGGUAUUGAUGAUUCUUCUCUUAAUGAAUGGUAUCGUCUGCUGAACAUGCAUGUAAAAUUGAUAAAUGAGCGUAAAAAAGAAUUUUUGACGAUUCAAAAUUUGGACGGCAGUACUUAUGUUCAUGAGAUAAAUGAGGAUAGAAAUUGGAGCAUGGCAGUUGUUAAUGAAAAGGUACUGGAGGAUAACGAGCAAUCCUCCAUCAAUGUAGGCUUUAAAUCAAACUACGUCUUUGCCAUUCUGUCUUUUCUCUUUUUGAUCAUUUAUGUUUGUUCUAUUCCGUCGGAUACUUUGAAGAAUAAUGGACAAAACGAAGGAACAAGAGCUAGAACGGGGAGGAUGUUUUGCCUUAUCCUAUCUGUAUAUAUCUUGACCUUCUUUUCCUUCUUCUCCACUUUCUUCAUCUAUUUGGUUUUCCAAAUUAAUGUUCUACGAAUUUAUUUAUUAAAUUUUUUCCCUCUCUUUUUUCUAAGCUUCCUAUUUUGCUGCGUCAACAUAUUUUUUCGCAACAAAUGCGUAGUUGGACCUUCCAAAAUGAUAAUGCGCAGAAUGAGGAGCGCAAAAAAUUCGAAGAUCGAAUCUGUAGAUAUGACUAAAUAUUAUUUGCGAGCUAGCUACAAGUCACUUUACUUUGUGUGCAAAAUUACCCUCAUCAUUUUGGCCGUAUAUUUGGUUGGGUUUGCCUGCACCUACAGAAUCGUCAACGUUUUUUCGGUAAACUCGGUCUUUGCCGUCGUUUGUCUGUUUCUGUACUACGCUGUGUUUUUUAACAACAUGUUCGGUUUUCUGUUUUACAGGGACAGGUACUUGCUGUUGUCACCACCUGAUUCGUUACCACGUUCGAAGUCCGUAGGUACCUCGUCGGGGGAUCAGCCCAAUCAGCCAAAUCUGUCAGAUCAGCACGUUAUAGCCUUUUCAGAGGUAGCGCCUAGUUCAGAGCUGCUACAGAAUAAUUGCACAUCGAAUGGAAAUUUAUCACGCGAGGGGAACAACACCUCCCUAAACGUACGCUGCUCAUGCGAAAGUGCGGGUGGAAAGAAGCAUCACAUAAAAAGUUGCAUUUCCCCAAAUGGUAGGGAAGACAGGAAAAAAGCAAGCAGUAGGAAGGGCCCAAAAAAGGGAUUCCUCUUCCUCGUUGUUUUACUCUCCCUCCUUCUUUUAGGACUCUUCCUAAGUUUCCUAAUAAACAGACAGAGGAUUCACUUGGAUGUAUAUCAUUACAUGACAAAGGAGUCUCCACUGAGAAGGUUCAUCCAAAACUUUGAGAAUAGGGCGGGCUUCGUAAUCGAGCCAGCAUACUUGGUGUUACCUCCUUCUGAAGAUUUUGACUAUGCAGAUGAGGAGAACGCAAAUAUGAUAAUAAAGCUAGUAAACGAAAUGAAGGAGCAAGGAUUCAUUCAUGAGCCCAUUGUGUCUUGGGUUCAUGCAUUUGAAUUACUAAAAAAUGAUUGCCGUAAUGUAGACUCCUUUAGUAAUCAGUUCGAUUUGCAUCGCUAUAGAAAAUUAUGUAAUGACAUAACUCCAAUGAGGGAGAACAAAGAACUCCAUUUGAAUAAGUUAAAGGAAAUUUUUUUCAAAGAUGAGGAAAAGACAUGUGAUAGCUUUUACCAAAUUGUGUACGAAUGGAUGAAUCAUAAAGAGGAUGGGGCAUAUGAUAAUCAAUUUUUUACAAUUAGAACGUUGUACGGAGGGGGAAUUGAUCAGGUGCUCCCGCAGUAUUACAACAUAAGGCCACACUCGUUCUACGGCGAUUUCGUGAAGAUGGACAGCCCGCACAAAAUAUCGAGCAGCCGAAUCGGCUUCGUCCUGCACAAUCACGCAUCCAACGAAGCAAAGAACAUGGAAAAUAUGAACAGAAUAGAAAAUAUUAUAAAAAGGAGUAACUUAAAAAAUGUGUACUUUUACUCAGAAAGUUAUGUACUAUACAAACAAGCUACUGGAUUUAUGUUAGAAUGCAAAGUGGUCUUAAUUUUUUACUUUUUCAUUUACUUAUUUUCUUUGUACUUGUUCAACACCAUGGGGGUCGUAAUGAUAUUUCAGUUUUGGUUCUGCUACAAUUUAAGUGUGCUCUACUUUAUGCAUAGCUUUGGAGUCAACACGGACGCCAUUACAAUAAUUUUGUUCAAAAUGGGGGCAGUCAUAUCUUUGUCCCAUUAUCUGUAUCAGACUCUCUUUUUUAAUUCCAUCAUGCUAGACAGGAAUAAUUAUUCCAAUAGCAUGCGGCAAUCCUACCCCUACUUGAUAUUCCUAGUGUUGUAUCUUAUUAGCUUCACCCUGGAAGAUUACGCAUCGAACGUUUUGCGCCUGCUAAUCCUGAACCACGUCGUCUGGUUCUUCCUAUACAGCAUAACAAUUUUUUACGUCCACAAAAUGUACGUGAAUAGGGCAUGA